CCAGCGCUCCGCAAAUGGUUGCUUUUAUGCAUACUAAUAUGCCACAGGUCAAGGCAGUGUCUAUCUUGACUCACAACUCACAACAGCCCACUUCACAAACUCUAAAAAAACACGCACCUCUCUACUAGCUAGUCUCUUCUGGCAUAAAAAACCAAGAUCAUUUUCGCUUUCAUCAGCAGCCAAUUUCAUCAAUCAUCAAGCAACAUCAACAUGAGCAUCGGACCCAUUAUCGUUCAACCCGCAGGUGAAUGCAACAGCAACAGCCACACUGACGAGACAAUGGCCCAGUCUGCCUCAUUGUCAUCGGAAGAGCAAGUCCAUGAAAAGUCAAAGCAAACAGUUAUGAAUCCCAAGCGAGUUCGUUUCUCCCGACAUGUGACAUGCCGAGAAGCGGCCAAGAAUCACUUUCACUCUCCUCACCAGAACAAGGUCCUUUGGUAUAGCCGAAGCGAACUAAAGGAGAUUAAACGAAAGACCAGGGAAAUGUGCCUCCAGCAACAACAGCAAGAAAACCUCCAAAAGCAAAAGCAAAAGCAAAAGCAACAACAGGGACAAGAACAACAACAGGACAACGUUGUCCUGAUCAGAAAGGCACAUGAAGUUCGGGUCGAAACAACCAACACCAACACAGUCGGUCCUGUCUAUUGCAGGGCAGCAUAGCUUCGCCAUGCAAUAGCUAAAUGCUUAUUAAAAAGAUAUCGGUUAUCUUC